AUGUCCGGUAAAGGUAAAAGUGGUCGUGGUGGUAAGUCUGGCAAGAAGCCUGCAGGCUCUAAGACACGUUCCGCCAAGGCUGGUCUACAGUUCCCUGUUGGUAGGAUCGCCCGCUACCUCAAGAAAGGUAGAUACGCUAAACGUAUUGGUUCUGGUGCUCCUGUCUACUUGGCUGCUGUCCUCGAGUACUUGGUUGCGGAGAUACUCGAGUUGGCUGGUAACGCUGCUCGUGAUCAUAAGAAGUCUCGAAUCAUCCCAAGGCACAUUCAGUUGGCUGUUCGCAACGACGAGGAGUUGAAUAAAUUCUUGGCUGGAGUGACUCUAGCUAGUGGUGGUGUGUUACCGAAUAUUCAUACCACUCUUCUACCAAAGAAGAGUAAGGCUAAAGGUAUCACUCAAUCACAAGAGAUGUAA